UACCCAAUACACAUUUUAAGAUGUCAUUCAACUCGCCUCCAACGGUGCUUCGGAUCAAGAGAAAGCGAGAUCAAGACCCGCUCCAGGCCUUGAUUUUGGAGGACCGGAACACAAAGAAAUCCAAGCCUUCGUCGUUGGCUUCAUCUGUAGCACUGACUCCCGUGAAAGGGGUGCCUGGAGCAACCUCUGCUGUAAAUGAGAGUCUUUUAUUCACCUUGACGCGUACGGACGAGUCGUCGGCCGUGGUGACGGACGAGACGGUGAUGCAGUCGAUUUUAUCGGAGAGUAGAAGAAAGGGCCAGGGCCGGAAGUUUGUGAUUCCUAAACGGCAACUUGAAGAAGACACGGUGAUCCCCAACGAAUUGACAGACAUGUUAGAUUCGCUUUUGGUUGAAGAUGGUGCCUCUUCUGCUGCAGCAGAGGGAGGUUCACUGAGACCCAAGAAGAGAAGACAUCAUGGUAGUAGUAGUAGUAGGAAUAUUGGUAGUAGUAGUAACAUCCCGACACAUGUAAAUCCAGAGCCAUCGAUCAAUGACCAAGUCCAACGAGACCAUGAGUACUCUGCUGAUCCACACUCUUCUCCAUCCACACAACUAUCAGAGUACGUCUAUGACGUGUACCAGCUUGCAUCUCCUGAAGCCAUGACCACGGCCAACCAUCCACUGUCCACCAUCGGAUACAUUCGGUUCUUUGAUGAUGAGGAAAACGACCUUUAUCAAUCCGAUGACGAUGAUAACAACAAGUUACAACUUUCUGACGAUGAGGACUCCAAUGCCGAAGACUUCUACCAGAACGAUUACCCUGAGGAUGAGGAUGCUGGAGCCUUUAGUGACACCUACACCGACGAGGAGGCUUCAAACGAUGAUGACGACGAGGCCGAUGCCGGGGCUGAAGACGAUGAAAACGCAGAUAUCUAUCUUGUUCAGCCGAAUGCCACCGAUGAUCUUGUUGAAGGCUUUGACUACAUCGAGAGCCAAGACGCGGUGGAUGGAAUUGCCAACGAAGAGUUGGAAGAUCUCUACGACCAGUUUUAUGACGAUGAUGACUACGAUGACGACGACCAUGUGGACUUCUUGGAGGAUGACGAGUUUGAAAGAAACGAGUUUUUCCCAGAAGAUCGAGACAGUGAGUUGGCCAUUCACCGAGACCGUAUAUUUGGCAAGCUUCAACGGAUGAUUGAUGAGCGAGAGUGAGUCGAAGGACUCUCCACUCGUAUGUAUGGCAAUAUAUAUAUACCUGUCUCUAUUCCCC